GUUUCGCUCAUGGUUCGUGUUUGAUGUUCGCGCCUCACGUUGCCUUCCGCAUCGCAGCGCGUCACUGAGCAAGCACAGCCCAAGCACGGUGAGUCUGUUCGUCCCCGUUUCUACCCACCGACGCCAACUUCUGCUCGGCGACCAUCGCACUCUAUGAUGACGGCAGCCACCUUCAGGCCACUUCGCACAGAGUCAGUCGCUGCGCUCGAGCGCCAUGUUGGCCAGCUGUCUCCUCGCCGUUCCUGAUGGUGCGACCGCCUUCGCUUUUUCGCUCUCGCUGUUCAGCUCGUCAUUGUCAACGUCUGUGCUUAUGAUGUCAUUACAUCACCACAUCAUCUUUCUUUCGUCUUAUCGCCUCACAUCUCCUUCGGUCGCAAUUUGGGUCGUAAAGAUCAAGGCCAGAGUGUUUGGUGAGCUGGCAUUCGGCUGCGUUGGCGCACCAGGCGCCUCUGUGGCUCAGCUGGAGCGGCGCCAACUGGCGGAACAUGCUCCAGACAGCUCAACACAUUCAUUUCGCGCAUGUCAUGCAAAGCGCACGAGGGGUUUCCAAAGCUCGCGCUCUGAAGGGCAUGCGACUCAUUUGAAGGGGUCAGGAACCACCCGAGCAUCUGGAGAGGGUGGAACCCGAAACGGCGCGCUGUCCCAGGGCUGAAGCUGGCGCGCCUCGGCACCAGGCAAUCGGCGCUUGCAUUUGUAUGCACAAGCAGCCUCUCGUUAUGCAUCAUGACAUCUGUUGUACAGCUGUACACCGCAUCUCGGUAUCGAUCGCCUCGCUUGACAGUCGGCAGCAAUGUUCCGCAAUA